AUCAAUUUGUAGAAUUUUAGAUUCAUAUGUGUCAUUGGAAGAAUCGAUGUUGUUGAAAUUGGGAGAAGAAAGGGAAAAAAAGAGAAAUAAUGAAGAAAACAAGAAGUUAGAAAGUUUAGUUUGGAAUAUUUAUGUAGAAUUAUGUUUAUCAGCAAUGGUUUAUGAGGAAUGGAAGGGUUUGCUAUGUAAAGCAGGAAGUUUAGAUUCAUUUGAAGAAAGGAAGUAUAUUGAUACGGUAAUAACGUCAAUUGUGUUAAAAAAGAUAAAAUACAAUUAUGAUAAUGAAUUAUGUUCAAAACAAUGUCUUUGUCUACGAUAUUCGGUUAUGGCAAUAUUUUUUAUUCAGAAAGAAAAGAAAAGUAUAGUGCAAAAAUGUCUUAUAGAGGUUAAAUAUCAUCAAAAUCAAGAAAUGUUUCAGGAAAUGUGGGAUUCAGUAAUUGCAACAGGAAAAGGAAUACAAAAUAAUAAAAAGAAUUGGGUGAUGUUAGGGUUCCAAGGAGAUGAUCCUAGUACAGAUUUUAGAUCUAUGGGAAUUUUUGGACUAGAAUUAUUACAUCAUUUUGUAUUAACACAAAAUGAAUACACUAAAAUUAUGAUAUCGGAAUCUAGAUCGAAUCAUACAGAUAUCAAUCUUCCUUGGUAUCCUUUUGCGCUUGCAGCUAUAAAUAUUUUGGCAUACAUUAUAGAUUUAAUGAAUAAAAACAGACUCGAAAGGAUUUUUAUUCAAUGUUAUAAUUAUGGCGUAUAUGUUGAAGAAAUUAUGAAACAUUUAUUUUGUUAUACAUUUAUUUCUUUUCAUCAUUUUUGGAGACAUCAAGUCUCUAUAAAAAAUGUGAAAACAGUUAUCGAUUUUGAACGUUGUUUAAAACGUUUCAAAAAACAAACAAGAAAUAACAUAACAACGGGUAAUUAUGUGUUUAACUUUUGAAUUUAAACAUAUUUUUAAUUUUAUUAA